GAAAGUACGAGCGCAUGCACAGCAGCACGCGCAGUUGGAAGUCGAGUGCGCUCGCGAGCAGAGGAGAAGAGAAAAGGAAGGCUGCGUAAAGUGACCAGUGGAGUUGAUGUCCUUAUAGCUACUGUUCUAUAUCUUUCUAUACCUUUUAGAAUAACGAUAUAUGUUUAUAUUCUUCCCGUUUUUGAGUCGCAUUAGAAUACGUUUGGCAUUAUACAAGGGAAGCGCAUAAUGGAGCCUCCAACAGUAACUGUUAAUGAUUUUCUCGAACAGUAUCAUUCAAUUCUCCACAACUCGAGCUUUAUGGAGGAACCAGCGGGACUUCAGUCCAACUGGAGCGAGGGCAGCGAGCCGAAGGCGGUGAGAGGCAGCAGUGCGGUCGCUAUCGCUGUGUGCAUCACUGCGCUGUACUCAGUCAUAUGCGUGGUGGGAUUGUUUGGAAAUAUUCUGGUUAUGUACGGUGUGGUCAGGUACACAAAGAUGAAGACAGCUACCAACAUUUACAUCUUUAAUCUGGCUUUGGCCGAUGCAUUAGCCACCAGUACUCUGCCCUUCCAGAGUGCCAAAUACCUCAUGGGCACCUGGCCAUUCGGUGAGCUGUUGUGCAAAGUGGUCUUGGCUAUUGACUACUACAACAUGUUUACCAGUAUUUUCACAUUGACGAUGAUGAGUGUGGACCGUUACAUUGCCGUGUGCCAUCCAGUGAGAGCCCUGGACUUCCGCACGCCUGUCAAAGCAAAGAUCAUCAACAUCUGCAUAUGGAUUCUCUCCUCUGCUGUUGGCAUCCCAGUCAUGUAUAUGGCCGUUACAGUGACAGAUAAAGGCAAAACGGUCUGCAUGUUGAAAUUCCCAGACUCAAAUCUGCAGUAUUGGGAUACUGUGACCAAGAUCUGUGUUUUCAUUUUUGCCUUUGUGGUUCCCGUCUUGGUCAUCACCAUCUGUUACGGCCUAAUGAUCUUUCGCCUUAAGAGUGUGCGCUUGUUGUCCGGCUCCAAAGAGAAGGACAGGAACCUCCGGCGUAUUACCCGCAUGGUAUUGGUGGUGGUGGCAGCCUUCAUCAUCUGCUGGACCCCUAUCCAUAUCUUCAUCAUCGUCAGGACUGUGGUGGAGAUCAACAACAAGAAUCUGCUCGUUGCCACCUGCUGGCACCUGUGUAUUGCUCUUGGCUACAUGAACAGCAGUCUCAACCCGGUCUUGUACGCAUUCCUGGAUGAAAACUUCAAGAGGUGCUUCAGAGAAUUCUGCGUGCCCUUUCGUUCUCGCAUGAAGCACAGCAGCUUUUCCAGAGCUCGUAGGGCCACGAGAGAGCCCAUCUCAGUGUGCGCCAAGUCUGAUUCAAUGAAGCAGCCCACAUGACUAGACCUGGACCAGAUGCCUCCUGGUACGCAACCAAGGACACAGAAAGACCUGCAGUCUGAGGUCACCCAGAUCUCCACCACUGAGUUUUAAACUUUUCUGAGGUUAAUAAAAGUUGGCGACAAGCUUAUAUACAGAAAGGCAAAAUGCUGGUUCGUUUGUGGGAAAAUAAUCUGCUAAAUGUUUUCCAAAGUGAGGAAAUGAGACCAUUUGAACCAUCAAGAUUCUACUCAUGCAGUGGAAAAAACAUAAAAAAUGUGGCAUUGGAAUGGUCAAUAGGAAAUCUGCAUUCAUUAGUGGUAUAUGAGCCAUCAAAGUGGACUCCCGUAAUUGGAUUUUUAAAUAAAAGUGAAUGCAUUUCCCUGGGAUUUGUGGGAUCUUGUUACUGAAAUACAUUAUUACAGGGGCCAAACGAUGUACUGAAUACACAAAUUCAGUUUCUCAAACAAC